UGCGCCCCUUACAGCACCAGCGUCUCCUCGCCCCAUCCCGUCCCCAAACCGGAGAGCAACGCGGCCAGCGAAAGUUUCAGGCCAAAACUGGAGCAGGACGACGGCAGAACCAAACUGGACAAACGCGACGAUCCCCAGAAUGAGCUGAAAUGCCACGAAAAUGUUAUAAUUGGUGGGGGCGGUAAAGACUUUCCUUCUGUUAUUAAUAUUGGAGAGACCAAGUGGAAGCGGCAGACGGCGGUGGGGCUGGAGCUGCUGGCCGAAGCCGGGAACUACUCGGCUCUGCAGCGGAUGUUCCCGUCGCCUUAUUUCUACCACCCGAGCCUGCUGGGGAGCAUGGACAGCACCACGGCGGCCGCGGCGGCCGCGGCCAUGUACAGUAGCAUGUACCGGACUCCGCCGGCGCCUCACCCUCAACUCCAGCGGCCUCUGGUGCCCCGGGUUCUGAUCCACGGCCUCGGGCCGGGGGGGCAGCCGGCCCUCAACCCCUUGUCCAACCCCCUCCCGGGGACCCCCCACCCGCGGUGA